GUAUCGCGCCGGCUGCGCAAGAGCAGCCUGUAUGGUAGAUUUUCCAAUAAUGAACAACCCGUGGUAACUGUCAGUCCGCUCGUGGUGCAUUUCGUUGACUCUUGCCUGCGCACAGUGUGUCCCGGCGUGUGUUAAAAUGUGCUGUACGAUUAAUUAAAUAUCUCACCGAACGCGGAUUACUCGAAGAACGACGAGGGUCCUGCUGCGGUAACAGGAACGCUGCUCGGGGCUGGAGAUGCGAUUAUAUAGGGUGGCGCGGAAUCAAUAAACACGCGAUGGAGAGAAGAAAGUGAUCCAAAAGAAAAAUCGAAACGGAAGCGCCAUCGCUCGACCUCGGGGGGGUUCACGAGAUGGAGACUUUUCUCGGCGCGCGCGUCAGUCUAGAAGCCCGCGCGUAGAAUCAGGAUCGUGAACCGGGGGAAACACACCGCCGUCGUGCUACCGAUCCAAGAUGGGCAAGUGUUGCAGCAAGCGGCAAGAGCCACAGCCUCUCGGUACCAAGAAAGCAGACACCUGGCUGAGCUCGAAACACAGCAAUGGAGGCUCCUUGGACCGAUACACCGCGGAUCCGAAUCAGAGGGGGGUCCAGGCGAGGGCGGAUAUCAUACGACCGAGGCCGACACCUUGUAAGCCACUGAUACCGCAUCAGCCCCGUAAACCAAUCUCGCCUGUCGUUAUGCCUGCAUCGCAUUCACAAAGGUCGAACAGGAUCGUGGUGGCUAUGUACCAUUACACUGCUCGCGAGAGCGCCGACGUCAGUUUCGUGAAGGGCGACCGGAUGGAGGUGUUGGACGACUCGGAGCCCGGCUGGUGGAAAGUUUUGCACUUGACAACUUUACAAGAGGGCCUGAUUCCUUGCAACUUCGUCGCCGUCGAGCGUUCUGUGGAGAGCGAAGAUUGGUUCUUCGAGAACGUCUCGCGUAAGGAGGCCGGCAAGUUGCUUCUCGUGGACGAGAACCCGCGAGGAACGUUCCUGGUGAGACCCAGCGAGCACAAUCCCAGGGGCUACAGUCUGUCCGUGAAGGACUGGGAAGAGGGAAGGGGCCAUCACGUGAAACACUAUAAAAUUAAACCACUGGACAAUGGGGGUUUCUUCAUCGCCACCAACCAGACCUUCCCCACCCUGCCGGCUCUUGUCAUGGCGUACAGCAAGAACGCCUUGGGUAUCUGCCACGUGCUUGCGAAACCAUGCCCGAAACCUCAGCCGGACAUGUGGGACCUCGGGCCCGAGCUACGGGACAAAUGGGAGAUCAACCGGAACGAGAUACAACUGAUCCGGAAACUUGGCCACGGUAACUUCGGGGAGGUCUACUACGGCAAAUGGAGGAACAAAAUCGAAGUGGCUGUGAAAACGUUGCGACCCGGGACCAUGUCCACCGAGGCGUUCCUUCAGGAGGCUGCGAUUAUGAAACAGUUCCGGCACCGACAUCUGGUGGCGUUGUACGCUAUCUGCUCGAAGGAGGAACCGAUCUAUAUCGUGCAGGAGUACAUGUGCAACGGUAGCCUGUUGGAUUUCCUGAGGACCGGUGAUGGCAAGUACAUGCAGUUCGAGGAUCUAAUCUAUAUAGCGGCGCAAGUAGCCUCAGGCAUGGAACACCUCGAGGGCAAACAAUUGAUACACAGAGAUCUAGCUGCUAGGAACGUGCUCAUAGGGGAGAAGAAUAAGGCGAAGAUCUGCGACUUUGGUCUAGCCAGAGCGAUCGAGGACGACGAGUACUGCCCCAAGCAGGGAAGCCGAUUCCCUGUCAGGUGGACAGCACCAGAAGCCAUCGUCUAUGGUAGAUUCAGCAUCAAGAGCGACGUUUGGUCCUACGGUAUCUUGCUGAUGGAGCUCUUCACUUAUGGCCAAGUUCCUUAUCCUGGUAUGCAAGGCCGCGAGGUUAUAGAGGAGAUAAACAAGGGCUACCGUAUGCCGAAACCAUUGAAUCAUCCGCUGCCGGACAGCAUUUAUCGAUUGAUGCUGCAAUGCUGGGACGCCAGCCCCGAGAAGCGGCCCACGUUCGAGUUCCUGAAUCACUAUUUCGAGUCAUUUAACGUCACUAGCGAAAUACCGUAUCUCGAGCCGCCAACGGACUGAUACACAGCUCACAUGCCGAGUCACCUGAUGCCGCACGGUCAUUUCCAUCCAGCGCACGUCA